CGUCUCCCUGUGUCACAUGGAUAAUGUUUAGUCAUCGAUGAUUCAUGUGUAUUGUCCGGGAAGCGGUUGGGGUUCGGGCCUGUCACUCAUUAAGGGUGGCCUGGAUUCGCGGGCCGCUGCCCCGGUGCAGAAACCCUCGGUUCUCCGCUGUGUUGAUAGGCUGGUUCCUUGUUGGUAUCCUGUCAAUCUACGAGUCAAAGGGGGAGAGGUCAGUGCAGCUAGCAUAGCAAGCUGCGCAGCAGACCCAACCAGGAAGUCAACAAAGUUAUCAAUUAAUAUCAGUUUAACUUCGAGUCUCCUGCAUCAACCUUCAGACAACGGCAUGAGUUCUGCUGCCCCUCCGACUAUUGGGGAGUUAUUCCUCAUCCUGAGCGAGAUGGGUUUCACAGAGGAACAGAUCCAGGCAGCUAUACAGGCAGGCCAUUUCUCUGUGCCGGAUGCAGCAGAGUGGCUCUUACAGGGUCAGUAUCCGCGGCACAAGUUGGUCAAGCAGUCAUCACAGCCACCUGAGACGGCGUUUUCUGCUUUCAACCCACCCAAAGAGGCAGCGAGCACCUCAGACAUGCAAACAUCUCCUUCUGACAGUAGAGCAUCUCCUUCAUUGGUGUUGAGGCCAUCACAGUCAUGCAACCUGUCCCCGGACCCUCUACCAAUCGAGUCUCGCAUCAAACAGGACAAGAGCGGCUUUGAAGAGCAGCAGAGACAGCGUGUUGCUCAGGAGGCCAGAGCAGAGAGAAAACAAAAGAAACAGGAGCGUGAAUUGGUGUUGAAGCGGAUAGCUGAGGAUCGGAGGAGCCUGCAGGAAAAGAAUCAGCCCAGCGCUGCCACAGAGACAUCACCUCCAAGUGGUCAAGGGCAGACGCUUGGUGGAAAGGUUCAGACUAAUAUGGAUAACAACUGCAUCCUCAUGAUUCGGCUGCCAUCCGGUGAGUCCAUGCGAGAACGCUUCCCAGCUGACGCCCCUCUGCGCAGCGUUGUGGAGCACAUCACCGGACGUCACCCCUCCCUGGCCUCCUUCUCACUCCUUCAGGGUUUUCCUAGGAAACGCUUUGGAGAGGCAGAGCUUGCUUGCUCACUGCACUCUCUUGGCCUCACACCCAACGCUGCACUGUGUAUUCAGACCACUCCUCCAGAGACUCCGCAGGAGGCACAGAGUCCUGCAGAACCUCCAUCCGCAGUACACAACGAGCAGCCUCAACACUGUGAUGUGUCGCCUCAGCCACCCAUCCCCGUCGUGGAGGGGCAGGACCUUGUUCCACCUCCUCCACUACCCAACCUGCUGUGGGAGGAGGCAGCGAAUUAUGCAGGGAUACCUGGAGUUGGCCCUUCACUGUCAGGGCCCAAUCACUUCUGGGGACGAGGUCAGAGGUUGGUUCCUGGAAAUGCUGAGGACGCCGCUGGCAUUGAGAUGGACGAGGAACAAGACGCAGAGGAAGAACCACCUAACCCGCUUAACGGAAUGCCGAGGCUGCCUUUCUUCCCGGAGAACAGGUUCAGAGGAGAGUUUGAGCCAAGGCACCACUGGCCAGAGCAAGGGAAUCGACUCAGGGAGGCUCCAGAGGAGGACCCAGCAGAGCCUGAGGAUGCCGGAGGUCGGGUGGCGCCUGGAGCUGCAGGUCUGGCCGCGGUGGAGCGUCUUCAGAGAGCUGCACAGCAAGAAGACCUGCGUGGCUCCCAGGGACAACCAUCCCCCCCAAAAAGACCCUUCAGGACACCCAGCGUGCCGUCUCUUUGUGCCUUGGCCACCCGCGCAACUGUCCACCUCAUGACUGCUCCCAGCAUGCAGUAUAGCAGCAGUCUGGCCGGCCUCACCCCAGAACUCGCAGAGCUUCUGCUCAACCACAUGUCCCGUGAGAGGCUCCUACGUCCACGCACCCUAGAGCUCUUCUUCGGCUGCCCAUUACAGAAGUUUGUCCUCAACUGCUACCCUUACUCCACCAAUGAGCUCCUGCGGCAGUUACGGGCCUUCACAGCGCUGAAGCAUCUAAGUCUGGUUAACUCUCCUCUCAUCACAGACUCUGGGCUGUCAAUCCUGUCCAGCCUGGUCAAACUCCAGUACCUCAACCUGGCCUCCUGUAGCAAACUGACUGAUUCCUGUCUGCAGCAUAUAACAGGAUUAAAGAGCCUGUGUUUCCUGUCCCUGGACUCGACCAAAGUGACCGAUGCCGGGAUGGUGCUGUAUCUCCAGUCAGCUCCGUCCUGCCUCUCUCAGCUCAGCCUGAACCAGACAGCUGUGACCGAAGCCACAUUGGCAGUCCUGCCCUCCUGUGUGCCACAGCUGAGGCUCCUUAGCAUCAAGCAGACGAAGGUCAGAGAUGUGUCAGCCUUGGCAGAAUUGUCCAGCCUACAGACUCUCAACCUGGAUGGGACAAGUGUGACAGAAGGCUCCCUAGAGCACCUUGCAUCCCACCCCACCCUGUCCUCCCUCAGUUUAGCCGGAGUCCCCGUAGCGGACGGCAAUCAAGCCCUGCAGAUUAUCUCAGGUCUAAGGUUGACUCAGCUGACACUCCCUGGACGUCACUCUGUGACAGACAGCGGGUUGUCGUUCCUCUCUAGACUGUCUCUGCUGUCAGAGUUGGACCUGACAGACUACACACAAGUCACAGACCAGGGAGUCAGCCAGCUGUCCAGCAUGACCAGGUUGAAGAAGCUGUCACUCAGUAACACUCAGGUGACAGAUGCAGGACUUCCCUCUCUGCGUGGGCUGCAGGAGCUGCAGGAGCUCUGUUUGGACCGAACGGCAGUCUCCAGUCGAGGAGUGGCCGAUCUCAUCAUCUGUCUGCCACACCUCCAGGUGUUAGGUUUAGCCAGCACUCAGGUGGGAGACAAUGUUGUGAGGAAAGGUCUGAUCCGCUGCAAUCAGCUUGUUAAACUCAAUCUGAGCCGCACACGGAUCACAGACCACGGCCUCAAGUUCUUGAAACACAUGCAUCUGGCUCAGGUGAAUCUGGACGGCACCGGCGUCAGUCUGAUGGGCAUCGCAAACCUCCUCUCCUUCACCAACAUCAGCAGCAUUCGGGCCAGCAACACUCGCACCGUUCCCCCUGAUGACGUCUCAGAUGAGGAGUGGGAGGCCCAGUGAGCACAGACUCCCCUCGGUUGGCCCACACGUAACUGCACCUGAAUGCGCCUCUGCCUGCUGCGGUCCCCUUUUAUCAGCCACCGAAACGUGCUGCCAGCAGCAACAAACGUAACUGAAACACUCCUACUUGCACUGUUUCAACUGCACCUAGUGUCACUAAUCUGUCAAUCAGGCACAAGUUGGAACCUUAGACGGGAGCCAUGUUUUUUAAAAACUAGGCCAUUUCUAACAUUUACGUAUAUCUAAUCAAUCCGUAUUUACCUGCGUACACUGCAGCCGUUUUGUCUCUGGAAAACUCCAGCUGACAAACUUUAAAGCUUUAUGUGCAGCCUUAUAGGUUGGAACUAAGUGUGUUUCUUCUGGUUUGCCCUUUUUAGCCAACCGGUAAGAAAAUAUUAAAUGUUGGAAAUGUAACUUAUAACACAGCAUGUAUUUUCAGACUGUAAUGACUAACGGACUGGUUUAUGUAGAAAUUAAAUUAAAAACUUAAUAGCAAAUGAUCAGUUCAGCCACAUACAGUUAAAGAAUGUGGUGAAGGCAGAAAAUGUCUUCCAGUAAUCAUUCCGUUACUUGUUAUUAAAGGAGAAUUCUGGUGUUUUUAAACCGCAGCCUCAUAUUUUUUACAUGCUUGGCAUGUAAAUGAGUUAACAAAAUAUUUGAAAUCAGUCCAGUAGAUCCCCUCAGCUGGCAGCCGUGACAAAGAUGUCAAUGGCUGCAGUGUAUUCGUUUGGGCCGACUGCGUCCAUCAAAGACUCAUCAGAUAAUGUGUUUGUUUUUGCCUCUGCAGAUGUUUUUGUUAAAUAAUGAAAUCUUUUUUGUAACCAGGAACACAAGUCUUGCGCCGAAAUCUUGCGAGAGUUAAGUUGUUGCUUCAUCUUAAUUGGCAAAAUAUUCAGCCAUGACUUUAGAAAUAAAUUCUUGCUGGCAGUCCCUGUAGCUAAACGCCAAACCACUCGCUCCAACAAAUAACUUCUCUUGAGAUUUCAGCCCUUGUACGACACUUGUUUCUGAUUACAAAAAAGAUCUUACUACUUUACUACUGUAGCAAAAAGAAGCACUUUAACUGGAUGUAACUUUGACAGCUGAAGUGUAAGUCCAAAUGAUUUACACAACAGCACAUGUAAAUAUGGAGCCCCAGUUUAAAAAUACCUGAAUUCCCCUCUAAAAAUGGCAGUAAAAUUUGAGCUGUUUUCAUGUCAUGUUAGAUUCAUUGAGUUCACGUUAGCUUAAAUGUAAACAUUCAAGAACACUAUUAAUCAUGAUGGAAACACUACUGCAGAUGUCAGCCAUCUAAGAUUAAAUAAAUAUUAAUUUCAGUUCAGUUGUAAUAGUUACAGUGGUAGAGGAUAAAAAACAGUGGCUCCUUUUAGUUUAUGAUUGGCUUUAAAUCCAUAAAAAUGGAACAGAAUACCCAUGUUGCUUCUGUAUGACAAAGACAAAAAUGUUGUUUACAUCAUGUUUCCGUCGUGACAUUUUCACUACAGUACAAGCCAAACGUUUUAAUGCAUUCUGUCAGGUCUUUGUCCAUUGUAUUUCUCAUUUAAAUACACAAUUUGUCAAAAUGUUUUUUUUUUUCCCUUUGAGGCGAGUUGUAAGUUAUGCAAAUGUUUUUGAGAUCAGCAGAAAAUGUUUUCUUGUUGAAAUUUUGUUGUACGGUUGAAGAAAUUGGCUUGUAAAAUUGACAUUGAUUGAAAUUAGAAUUUUGCUACGAGAAACUUAGUAAUUUUGUGUGGUGGUUGGUGUUUGCAAAUUCAAAUUUUCAAGUUUGACAUGAACACAGCUCUACUGCAAGAGCUCGUAAUGAAGAUUUUAUAACUUGUGAUGUCCCCUGUAUGGAUAUUAGAUUAACGCUAACCACGUCACCUUAAAUUUAGUUGUUUUUUUUUUUAAAUGCAUCCUGGUGAUGCACUGGAUUCAUUAGUUUUUUUUGUUUGUUUUUUUAAAUGAGUGGCUGUCAUUUUACUAGCAUUAGUUAUUUUGAGAAAUGACAAUUUCUUUGGACAGCCCAGUCCAGUUAUAUGGAAGAGAAGGUGAGCAGCAUACACAUGGUUCUGUGUAGUGGCUGUCAGGUGAGGGCGGAUCUAUGCAGCCAUGGGGCUCACUCCAGAAUCCAAAGCAACUUCUUUAAAUCACUUCAAGUUUUGUCCUCUUGUUUACAGAGAUGUAAAAUAGUUUAUUUUCCCUAACAGGUUUUGAUUUUUGGAUACAAGUUCUGUAUUCAGUAAGUAAAAUAAAGUCUUCUCAAUCUAAAUGUGCUGUUUUUUUUUGUUCUGUUUAUUCAGACAAACCUUUAUUGCAUUACAUUGUUAAAUAAGGCAGAACUGCUCUUUUACACAGAAAAAAAAAA